UCCUACCUGCCUCUGUGUCUCUCUCUGUCUGUCUCUGUGUCUCUCUCUGCCUGCCCCGUGUCUCUCUCUGCCUGCCCCUGUGUCUCUCUCUGUCUGCCUCUGUGUCUCUCUUUCCUUGUCUGUCUGUCUCUCUGUCUGUCUGUCUCUGUGUCUCUCUCUGUCUGUCUCUGAGUCUCUUUCUCUGUCUCUCUCUCUCUCUCUUUCUCUCUCCAUCUCUCUCUCUGCAUCUGUCUCUGUUUCUCUCUCUCCCUCUGUUUCUCUGUCUCUCUCUUUCCAUCUCUGUCUCUCUCCCAUUCCCUCUCUCUCUCUCUGUCUGUCAUUCUCUCUGUGUGUCCCUCCCUCUCUCUCCCUCUCCCCCUGACCUCUCUCUCUCAAUCUCACUGAUGACUGUUGUCUCUCUGAUCCCACAGAGGGUGAGAAUCGUCUGCGAGUUGAUUUUUCUGAUAUGGCCCAGCAGUUAGUGCGCCUCCUCGGGGUGGAUGACUUCAGGAGUGAACUCUCGAGGAAGCUGGACCUGUUGGAGCGUCAGAUAGACUCGGAACUCCAGAAAACAGCGGAGAUCGAGAGAUGUAACAAUGACCUUGAGAGGUUCCGGGAAUCUGUCAACAAGCGGGAAAGGUUGGAACACGUGUGCGAGAGUAUCUGUCCAGGCACGGUCAGAAAGUUAACACCGAGACGUGAUGUUCCAACUUAUCCCAAGUAUACCCUGUCCCAGGAAACUAUCGAAGCUCUGAAGACACCCACCUUUGAUGUCUGGCAGUGGGCUCCAAAUGAGAUGCUCAGUUGUAUUGAGUUCAUGUUCCACGAUUUGGGCCUGGUCCAGGAGUUUAAUAUCAACGCCAUCACCCUGAAACGCUGGCUGGUUUGUAGCAGUGACCUCAGGCCUGACCCUGACCCUAACCCUGACUCUGGCCCUGAACCUAACCCUGACUCUGACCCUGACCCUGACCUGCUCUGUGUUCAGGAAAAUUACAGAGAUGUUCCAUUCCACAACUUCCGGCACUGUUUUUCUGUCACACAGAUGAUGCAUGGGAUGGUUCACCUCUGCAACCUAAAGGCCAAGCUGAGCAUGACCGAGGUUGUAAUCCUCAUCACAUCUGCCAUCUGCCACGAUCUGGACCACCCCGGCUACAACAACACAUAUCAGAUCAACGCUCACACAGAGAUGGCUGUACGUUACGACAAUGUCUCCCCGCUGGAGAAUCAUCACUGUGCUGUCACAUUCCAAAUCCUCGCUGAUCCCGAUUUCAACAUCUUCAGUAACAUUCGUCCAGAGCUCUUCAUGCAGAUUCAGGAGGGUAUUACUGAACUCAUCCUCGCCACAGAUAUGGCCAGACAUGAAGAAAUCAUGAGUGCUUUCACAUGCUGUGUUGACAAGUUUGAUUAUGAGAACAUUGAGCACCUCAGACUGUUGAAGCAGGUGCUGAUCAAAUGCUGCGACAUCUCGAACGAAGUGAGGCCGACGGACGUGUCCGAGCCCUGGGUCGACUGUCUCCUUCAGGAGUACUUCAUGCAGAGCGAUAGAGAAAAGUUCGAAGGUCUCCCUGUCAUGUCGUUCAUGGACAGAGAUGUCGUCACCAAACCCAAUGUGCAAAUAGGAUUCCUCCAGAUGGUUCUCAUUCCCAUGUUUGAGGCAGUUGCAAAGCUGUUCCCGGAAUUGGGUGAAGUGAUGGUUCAGCGUUUGAGGGAGGCGAGAGCUCGCUAUGAGAACCUGUUGCAGCCUGAGGAAAUUGAUGAGGAACGGAGCUUCUGAGCAGAGUUCACUCUCCACAUUGUAAAACAUGUCUUUGUGUUAGGUACACGAGCUGUCUGUUACACAUUCGCAGUAUGAAUCCUUACCCAAUAAGCAGAGAUAUGGUGCACAUGGAGAAGGGUCUGGGGGUGACAGAGACACAAAUUAAAUAAAUGAGAGACAUUGUUCGAACGAGGCGAGGGAGAAUGUUUGCAGUAAAAGCCCUCCACAUUCUAUGGGAUGUCGUGCUGUCCACACACUUGUUACAGUUACCUCCCUUCAGUUUGUUUGCCUCCAGUUUGAACCCCUUCUGAUUUGGACACUUAACCCAAUCAUUUAGUAGCACUGUGAGGCCACUCAGCCCGAAAUUCCCACCCGCCCUUCUAAGCCUCUAGUGUUCUGUAAUACAGUGACCUAUCCACUUCCCCCUUCAAGCUAUUCAGUGACCACCAUCUUUGCCGACCCGAGGGUCUCAAAUUCAUACAACCUCAGAGAUAUAAAACUCUCCUCACCACCCUCCUGAAAGAACAGCCCCUAAUUUUAACCCGCCAUGCCCGCUAUUUCGUCCAAACUGUGCAGGUUUCGGGUCGACUGGCCAUGCUUAAUUGCCCACAUGACCCAGGCAUUGGCAGGCUCGCUGCGUUUGAUGUGGGAAAUGCAGGGUUACAAGAAUAAGGGGAGAUGCUCUUUGGAGGGCCAGUAUGGACUUGAUGGGCCGGAUUCCACACUGCAGAGAUUCUAUGAUUCUGGAUCCACUCACAAGGGGAAACAUCCUUUCCACUUGGGGUUCAGGUAUAUAAUUCUUAGAAGUUUGUGUCUCACCUAGAGACAGGGUGAGUAUGAAGGCAUUUAGCAGACUUGCCUUCAUCGCUCAAACCUUUGAGUAGAGAAGUUGGGGACGUCAUGUUGAGGUUGUACGGAAUAUUGGUGAGGCCUCUUCUGGAGCACGGUGUCCCGCUCUGGUUGCCCAGUUAGAUGAAGGAUAUUAUUAAACUGGAGAGAUUUCGGAGGAGAUUUGCCAGGAUGUUGCCAGGAAUGGAGGGCUGAGUUUGAAAGUAGAGGCCUAGGCCCGAAACGUCUGCUUUUGUGCUCCUGAGAUGCUGCUUGGCCUGCUGCGUUCAUCCAGCUCCACACUUUGUCAUCUCGGAUUCUCCAGCAUCUGCAGCUCCCAUUAUACCUGGAUAGGCUGAGACUUUUUUCACAGGAGCAAAGGAGGUUGGGGGGGGUGACCUUAUAGAGAUUUAUGAAAUCAUGAGGGGUAUACACAGGGUGAAUGAAUUGUCUUUUCCCUGGUGGGGGAUUUCAAGACUAGGGUGCAUAUUUUUAAAGGUGAGAGGGGAAGGAUUUAAAAAAGACAAAAGGGCAAUUUUUUUCUCACAGAGGGUGGCCCGCAUGUGGAAUGAGCUUCCUGAGGAAGUGGUGGGUGUGGGUACAGUACUAUGUUUGAAAGACAUUUGGAUAGGGUCAUGGAUAGGAAAGGUUGGAGGGAUAUGGGUCCGGAGCAGGAGGGAGGGGACUAGUUUAGUUUGGGAUUAUGGUUGGCACAGACUGGAUGGGCCGAAGGGUCUGUUUCUGUGCUGUGUGACUAUCUUGACCCACCCACAUGAGGAACCAUCCUUUCCCUGUCCACUUUGAUGGAGCAUUUAGGAUUGUGUUCACUUCAAUCAGGCCACUCCCUCCCUCUUCUGCAAUCUAGGGACAAGCAAGCCCAGUCUGACUAACCACUGCUCAUCGAAAAUUUGACAGAACCAUUUCAAAUCUUCGACGUGAUCGAAUCUCAGGGGCCCCUGUGUGCAGACUCUGCUGAAUUGAUGUGGCGCCGAAAGAGGCCAUUUUUGUACUGCUGUCUUGUCUCUCACUUCAUCAAUUUCACCCGACUGGCCACCCAAUGCUCUCUGGACUGCCUCAGCAUCAGAGACAAUUGAGGUCCCUUUGCAGAAACAUAGGAGCGGGAUUAGACAUUGAGCCCAUAUAAUGCCGCUCCACCUUCUAUAUAAUCACGGCCAAUUAUCCAACACAAUCCCUUGUUCCCCCUCUCUCCCUGUGAUCCCUUUAGCCUGAAGAACUAUAUCAAAUGUCUUCUUGGCCCUUCUGUAGCAGAGAAUUCCACAGCCUCAAACACUUCAAAGGACUUUAUAGAGGUUUAUAAACUCAUGAGGGGCAUGGAUAGGGUGAAUAGACAAGGUCUUUUCCCCCAGGGUAGGGGGAGUCCAAAACUAGAGGGGCAUAGGUUUAAGGUGAGAGGGGAAAGAUUGAAAAGGGACCUGAGGGGCAACUUUUUCACACAGAGGGUGGUGUGUGUGUGUGGAAUGAGCUGCCAGAGGAAGUGGUGGGGGCUGGUACAGUUACAGCAUUUAAAAGGCACCUGGAUGGGGACAUGGAUAGGAAGGGUUUAGAGGGAUAUGGGCCGAAUGCUGGGAAAUGGGACCGGAUUAAUUUAGGAUAAUUUUGGCUUGGACAGUGUGGAUGUUGGGAAGUUGCUUCCAUUGGUAGGAGAGACGAGGACCUGAGGGCACAGCCUUAGAGUAAAGGGAAGACACUUUAGAAUGGAGAUAAGGCGAAAAUUCUUCAGCCAAAGAGCGGUGAAUCUAUGGAAUUCACUGCCACAGAACGCUGUGGAGGCUGGGUCAUUGAGUACAUUUAGGACUGAGAUAGAUAAGUUCUUGAUUAGCAAAGGACAUGGGGAGAAAGCAGGAGACUGGGGUUGAGGAACUUAUCAGACACGUUUGAAUGGUGGAGCUAAAUCGAUGGGCUGAAUGGCCUAAUUUCUGCUCCUAUGUCUUAUGAUAUCUGGUGGGCAUUGACGAGUUUCCCUACUGUAUGACUGUAGGUGAAGACAUUUCUUUGCACCUCAAUUCUGAAAGGUUUAUCCCAUAUCCUUAGAUGAUGACAAAAGGUUCUGGAUCCCCUCAACAUUGGGAACAUCCUUUGACGCUGGAAUCCGAGAUAAAAUUACACAAUACAGCUGUUUGGCCCAUCGAGCCUGUACUGCCUGGACCAAAGCAAGAUGUCUCAGUUGGUAUUCAUGAGGACGCCUUGAGCAUUGUCUCUGUCUUUUUACUUGGAGGAAGAGAGAGGGAUCUUCGACAUCCAGGAGCACCUCACACAACAUUGCCUCGGCAUCCCUUCCUACCUCCACUCAACCCUCAGCACACAGAGUCACACCUCGGUGCAAACAGGGGGUACAGGAACACCCCGCAGCCCCUGCUGGUGUGGGUCAGUUGGAUCAGCACCCAAGACCCAAAUUAAGAAUCUCAGAUACAAGGGAACUGCAUCCCCAGCCUCUCUCACUACAAGCUGGGGAAAACUAACCCCGUGCUGUCCCCAUCCCUAGGAGUGUUUGAUGGGGCAACAGUGUAGAGGAAGCUUUACUCUGUAUCUAACCCUAUGCUGUCCCUGUCCUGGGAGUGUUUGACGGGGACAGUGUAGAAAGACUCAUCUGGGGAAUGUCCAAUUGUCUCACUUUUCAGGGAAUGGUCCUUUGGAUUAGUCGCCCAGUGACACCUCCACAACACCCUCCGGGACAGAGCAGCCUCCGCUCAAUCGGCCCCACAUCCACAAAUUUCCCACUCCCUCCCCUCCACCGACGCUCAGCCGCAGCAGUGUGCACCGUCUACAAGAUGCUCUGCAGAACCUCACCAAGGCCCUCAGGCAGCACCUUCCAAACCCACGGCCACUUCCAUCGGAAAGGACAAGGGGCAGCAGGUACAUGGGAACACCGCCCCCUGCAAGUUCCCCUCCAUUUUCCUGUCCUGACUUGGGAAAUAUAAUCGGCCGUUCCAUCAGCGUCGCUGGGUCAGAAUCCGGGAAUUCCCUCCCUAAGAGACACUGUGGGUCAACCCUACAGCACAUGGGCUGCAGCGGUUCAAGAGGAAGCUCACCCCCACCUUCUCAAGAGGGGCAACGAGGGACAGGGCAAUAAAUGCUGGGCCCAGCCAGAAACACACACGCCCCAGAAAUGAAUAAAGAUGGCUUUUGAACCCAAGCUUUCUGACACUGUUAAAGGGAAAGUCAUUGUGUGUUUUUGACAGGUAUCAUCACUCGAGCCUUCCUGUGAUUGAGAUAAUGCGGAAAUUUCUGAUGAAGGGUCUAGGCCCGAAACGUCAGCUUUUCUGCUCCUAAGAAGCUGCUUGGCCUGCUGUGUUCAUCCAGCUCCACACCUUGUUGUCCCUGUGAUGGGAGAGAGAUAAUG